GCAGGCUCGCGAGUCCCACAGCUCUUCCACUCCGCUCCAAGCUGUGAGACGCGGCUCUGCAGCGGCCCGAGCCCGGCUGGGGAGGCGCUGGUUUGCUCACUACAGGCAUCAUCCCUCACCGAGAGUCGCGGGAGGGGGAGGUAAGAUAUGGAGAAAAAUUCUUCCAACAUGAUCCCUCUUACUGAAAACUCUCCUCAUAAAAAAGAGAUGGUGUGUAUUUUUGGAACAGGAGAUUUUGGAAGAUCUCUGGGGUAUAAAAUGCUCCAGUGUGGCUACUCAAUAGUGUUCGGAAGCCGAAAUGCACAGACUUCCAGUCUGAUUCCCAAAGACACAGAGGUGCUGAGCCACAGAGAAGCUGCACAGAAGGCUGACAUUAUUAUUGUAGCAAUUCAGAGACAACAUUACAACUUUCUCACAGAGUUAACUGAAGUUCUUCAUGGAAAAGUAUUGGUGGAUGUAAGCAACAACCUCAAAAUAAACCAAUAUCCUGAAUCCAAUGCUGAAUACCUUGCUCAACUGGUGCCAGGCGCUAAGGUAGUGAAAGCAUUUAACACCGUGUCAGCAUGGGCCUUGCAGUCAGGCACGUUGGAUGCAAGCAGACAGGUGUUUGUCUGUGGAGAUGACAACAAAGCCAAACAAAUGGUGAUGGAUAUUGUUCGGACUCUUGGUCUUACACCAUUGGAUCAAGGCUCUCUCUUGGCAGCCAGAGAGAUAGAAAAUUACCCACUGCAGCUCUUUCCAAUGUGGAAAUUUCCCAUCUACUUGGCUAUUGGCCUAAGUGCAUUUUUUUUCUUCUACAGUUUGAUUCGUGAUGUAAUCUACCCCUACGUCCGUGAAAACAAAGACUUAUCAUUUUUUAUUGUAAUUUCCAUUCCAAAUCGGGUCUGCCCCAUAGUGGCACUCAUCCUUCUUGCUUUGGUUUACCUUCCUGGUAUAAUUGCUGCAAUUCUCCAGUUACACAGAGGAACAAAAUACAGUCGUUUCCCAGACUGGCUGGACAAAUGGAUGCUUUGUAGGAAGCAGCUUGGAUUAGUAGCCUUGGUUUUUGCUUUUCUGCAUGUUUUGUACACGCUUGUUAUCCCUAUUCGCUAUUAUGUAAGAUGGAGAUUAAAUGUUUAUGUCAUAUCUCAGAUAAAGGACAACAGAACAGAUCCAUUUAACAACACUAACGGCUGGAUUAGUGACUCUUACGUGGCUUUAGGAAUCCUGGGAUUUUUUCUGUUUGUCUUGCUGGGAAUAACUUCCUUGCCCUCUGUCAGCAACAGCGUCAACUGGAGAGAAUUUCGAUUUGUACAGUCCAAACUGGGAUACCUGACACUGAUUUUGUGCACUGCACAUACGCUGGUCUACGGUGGGAAGAGAUUCUUGAACCCUUCAAUGUACAGAUGGUAUCUUCCUGCAGCAUAUAUGCUUUCUCUCAUUGUUCCUUGCAUUGUCCUGGCCAUUAAAUUUGUUCUGAUAUUCCCAUGUAUAGACCGACCACUCACACAAAUUCGACAGGGCUGGGAGAGGAACUCCAAAGGUUCAAAACAAUCAUACUACAAUGAUAGCAAGUCAGCAGUAUAAUCACUUAGUAAACACCCAAUCUGUAUAUCAUUGCAAUGUCUCAAAAACUUCAACUUUUAUAUUAAUGUCCUUUCCCAGUUUUAUGUGCAGGAAAAGGCAAAAAGGAGGAAACUUUGCCAGGCCCGAGCAAUUUAUCGAUAUAAAAAAUGACCCAGGGCCAAUCUUAAACACAAAUAAAGCCAGAAGCCACUGGGAAUGCUCUGUGACCCAAGAGCUGGCUUCAUCUCCCUCUCAUUCAUACUAUAAACUCACCGCUAGUCUGCCCUUCCCACUCUCUUGGCAUCAAGACGGGAGGAAGAAACUCUGACUGAUUUCCCUCCUUUUUUUAGUAUGGAAUCCCACUCUGGAUAGGGCACCACCAAUUGUUAGGCUGGCCCUGCCUGGACCAUAGGCAAAGAGGAGCUCAGCUCUUUGAUGGCUUUGCUUGCUCUCCAUUAACCUCUGUUUCAGUAGAGGUCUAUAGCUACACCCUAUGUAUACCUUAGAUAACUGGUCACGGUUUGGUUUGUGUACAGAAAUUUUAUUGUCGGAAGUGGUUGGGCCAGUGGUCCUUGCCACACUGGACUACCGCAAACUCAGGCAUCAGGCUGCUGGGAAGUGGGGAGGAAAGAGACUUUCCAAAAUCAUUUGGUAAGGAAAGUGGUGCAAGGAAAAGAAAGACCUUGGUUAUGGUGGUUACAAAUGUGUGCUUCUCCAUCUAGUGCAAAUGAAGAGUGACCAGUGAUUGAGAUUGUGAUUAUGCUGCAUUCUCAAGUUAAAUCAAUUAGUCAUUUUGCUUAAUAUGAAUUUGUGGCCAAAUUUGUUUAGUCUAUGCUUGUAAUGAGUUAUUAUCACUGAUGUAAUAUGCUGUUUUAUUGGAAUUUUGUGUUAUAAGUUCAAUAAAGAUGAGGUCUUUUGCUUUCCAAAAUCCUGGGGUUCGAUAUGACCAAGUGUUGCUCAGCAGCAGUUAUACUGUGCAUAUUUCAGUGGCAAUGAAGCAAAUCCUUAAAAUAAUUGAUGUCUGAGAGUCAUGUUGGGGAUCCUGUAAUGCAGAAGGACUGUAAGUCCUCUAUAGAUUUAUGCUUAGCCACCAAGUCACCUGUGAGUACCCAUGCUGCUGAUAAACAGGGAGCAGAUGGUGAAUGAUGACUUUGUGCUAGAAUUGGGGUGACUAGAGAAACCACCAGACCUCUUUGCAGUGGGAGGGGAAAGAAAAGAAUGAAUAAUGGGUUUUAACAGGAACAGACUUGCUCACCAACUCUUCUGUCUUCUCCCCACUGUUUCAGUGACAAGAUAAACACAUAAAAAAAGGGUAAUUGUAAUCAUGAAAUCACUAAUUGAAAUUUCAAAUGGGUACUAUCAACUAGGCCAGAAUAAACAAACAAUCAUUAUCUGACACUUUCCAAAACCUUCACAAUAUGGGAGUAAUUUUACUCCACUACAUCCACCAUAAAGAAAAAAGUACUUAUGUACUUGACUCCUAAAAAAGUGUAGGACUGAUGGUGGAAUGAUAAACGAGACAAAUGUAUUAGUGACUGGCCCAGCCAGAUUCCUUAUGUCUAGUUUAACACCAGUGUUAGCCACCUGCUAACUACAGCCACUACAGCUAACCACAGCCACUGGUGCAAACCUCAAGGUGUAUUACGCUAUAUGUACCAUUGGUGCAAUUAAGAAGUUUUCUUUCCCCUUUUAACUGAUAGGUGAGGGUCCAUAGAGGGUCCAUUUAAAGUUGUUUCAAAUUAAUGUUAUGAAAAUAUUGACUGAAAAAAGUGCAAAGGUCACAGUUCUAGCUCAAUGUCCUUUUGGCUAAGUAAAAACACAGACAAGAUUAUCCUUAAAAUUCAACCCUCUCACACUCCAAGAGUAAAGUGGCUGGCUGUGGGGAGGAGAAAAGCUGAAAAUAAACAAGUAA